ACACACACACACACACACACAACUCUCAUCAAAACACUUAAACUACUGCGACAGGACUCAGGACUUGCAAAGAUGUCUUUCCUUUCGGGUGUGUUGGGUAAAGGCAAGGCGGACUCCGUGGUGGACCAGGCUGUGGACACUGCAGCUAAAAUGGCCAAGCAGAAGGCGAAGGAGAUGAUCUCCGGGGAAGGAAAGAAGGACAAGACAGGGGGCAUGGGAGACCUAUUCCCCUCAUCCCAGUCGGAGGGAAAGAAGGAGAAAGGUGGUGGAGGACUGUUUGGGGGCCUUGGGGGCCUCGUCUCAUCGGAAAAAGACGACAAACCCAGCGGGGGAGCAUCCAGCUCAGGAGACCUGACAGACCAGCUCGGCGAUAUAGCUGCCGAUUUUGCCGCCGAUGCAGCCAAGGACAAAGCCAAGGAUGACCUGAUGUCAUUUGGAAAGAGCAUGUUUGGGUGAAGUCCCUAUUCGUCCCGGGUGGAGGCACAACACCACUUUGACUCAUGCUGUGCAUUUCUCCACGCUGUUGUUGUUGUUUUUGUUUGUGGACCAACUAAAACCAUGGACUCUAAGAAAAAGAAUGACGACCAGCUCGAAGCCAUCUCCUUCUCCAUCCAAUCAACAUUUUUAUUAUAUCAUAUUUUAACAUAUUGCUGGUAUUUCAGCUUAAUGAUUUGCUUGUUAGUAGCUGUCGACCAUCUGGCAUUAGUGGUAAGCUAUGCCCAUGAAGGCAAGUCAAUAUGAUGGCUGGUGGCCAGCAUGUUAUCCUGGUCUAAAGUAUUAUUGAGCUAGCAGUGAUGAAAAGUGAUAGUCUGAUGUAAUGGAUUCUUGUAUUUUUACACUCCUUAGAAAUGAUCUUCAAGUAUCAGAGUUUUACUCAAAUACACAAGAAAAUCUGAGUAUUUCAUAAUAAAACAUAAUAUUUACACUGGUAA